AUGUCUUUUAAGUAUUCGGUUCUGCUGAUCACUUCCCGGGUCGAACUUACGAAUUUGAAAUGCAUUCCCUUAGACGAAAAAUUUGCAGCAUUUGAUUAUUGUCGGAUCAAGUCUGUCAAUCGGUCUUUCAAAUAUAUAUCAUUGAAAGUUAAACUCUUCGAAGUGCCAAUUACAAAUAUAACGGUAAACGUAUCUUGUCUAAAAAAGUUAAAUGGUUACAAACCAUUUCUGUACAAUGUCACCUUUGAUGCAUGCAAGUUUUUGUCCUCGAAAAAUAAGAAUCCUUUGAUUAAAUAUUUCUACAGUUUUAUUUCCGAGCAUUCCAAUAUGAAUCACAGUUGUCCAUAUAGUCACGAUCUACUUGUUGAUAAGGUGUCAAUUGGACUUUUGAAUCAUCAACUUACUGAGGUUUUACCAGUUCCUGAGGGAGAUUAUGCUGUCUACACUAGUUGGUAUGCAUAUGGCAAGAACCGAGCUGAUGUCCGAGCCUAUGGGACGAUAUCUUAA